AGUAAGAGGAACGAGGCGACCUGUCGUGGGAGGGGAGUGCUUUCGAAGUGUACCUGUCUGAGGGUAGGGGCAGCUGGAGUGCCACGCAGAGAGCAAGCAACGACGGUGGUGGUGGUUGGCGGUGAGCCGUAGACUCCGGCGAAAGGGAAAAUGGUCGGGCGAACACUUUUUUUUCUCCCCCAUUUACACCCAGGUUUUUUGACACGGUCGUCGGUUCGAUCGACUUCCAUUUGUCUCCGAGCAUUCCGUCGACCAACGUCCAACCACGCGCUCCUUGCACCGGUGCAAAUCGAAUUCAUCGCGAGGAUGCGCGACGCUCGUGUCCGUCUCACUUAAUCACGAGCACGAUUCGCGCGAGUUAACGUGAAAACGUCGUCGAUAACGAUUUUCUCGCGGUUCUAUUUCCACGUAAGUGUGCUUGGAAACUUUUGACAGAGAUUGAACAAUUGCGAUUGUUUCGUUUGAAAUUCGGUUUCUCUGUCGCGUAUCGUCCGUGAUCGUUGAUCGUGAUCUGUGCGCGGCUGGGGUACCGCGGAGCGAGUAGGACGAUCUGUGACGAUCUGGUGAACUGAAAUGAUACAUUGGAUAAGGCUUGUUUAAGAAGUUGCAAGAAUGGCGCGGAGAUUUUCGUGGUGCACGGUGGUGGCAUUGGUGGUGCUGCUUUUCGUCACGACCGAAGGUCUUCGUGAACGCAGUACUCAGGUCGACGACCGCAACGCUCACAGUCCUAGAGAUCGAGGCACUCAGAGGUUCAACACUAAAUCUCUGGAAGAUGCAACAACCACGUCAAGCUCGUUACCAUCGAGAAGCAAGGGGGACAGAUCAUCGCAAUCAAACAAGUCUUCGUACACCGAAAGGCGCAACGAAGGGACAACUCCAAAGCCUGCCAUCAACUCGGAAUCAAAAUUCGGAUCUAGCAACCGUUCGAACGCGAGAACGACGAAGACGACCGACCGAAGUGGCUCGUCUGGUGUAGCCGAAGCUACGAACAAUUCGAGAAGAUCUUUUUCAGGAAAGAAUACCGAAGAAAGCGAGAGAUCAGAUCCGACGAUCAGACGGAGGAGCGGGAAGAGCUACUCCCCGGAGAACAGCGAAGGGAGAAGAUCGAAAGACGAGCAAAGAAAAACGUUCGCCAGGCGUUUCGACAGUUCGGAUGUCACCGAGAGACUGGACAACAGAGGACCAUCGGUGUUCAGCGCAACCACGGAAUCAUCGAGGUCCAGAACUGGAAGGAAGAUUCAAACGACUUAUGCGCGGAAAGAUGCCAAGUCUCAGUUACCCAUCAGAAGGCAUAAUAACAAAAAGCACGCGGACCAAGGGGCGACUAUGGAUUCUUUCAAACGAACCGAAGGGAGGAGUAGAUCGACGACAGAGAGGGUUGAGCGGAGCACUCGAUCCAGCAGGUCCAAAGUGAGCAACAGAGAGAACAAUACUAUCAGUCGCAAGGCUCAAGAUACCCUUCUGUCGGAAUCUGAGAGUGUUAGAGUCGACAUUCCCUUGGCAGUGGAAGCCACGGACAAUCCAGUAAACGAUGUGACCGUAGGUGUAACGGGAUUCCCUCAGAGACAGUUCUCCACAGAGAUCAACAGGAGGUCCGAUAGCAAGGAUUCAUCGAGAUCUAACGCAAGGUCUAAGGGUCGUGGACGAUCUAGCGACUCUGACUCUGCCAGGAACAGCUCUCGAAGAGGAUCUUCAAGAUUCAACGAGUACACGACUACUGAAGCGAGCGAGCAGACUGUUGGCUCGAGAAGAAGUAGUGCUUCCAGAGAUAGAUCGAGGGGUUCUGCGAAUGAAUCGCGAUCAAGAUCCAGGGGGAGAAAUUUGGAUAGCAUUGUCAAGCCCACUACAGCGACGUUUGAGCGUGAUAUCAAACGUAAGACCUCUGGAGACAGGAAUUCUCCUGAGAGGAGGUCGAGGAUUGCUGAGGCUAACUCUAGAACUGUCGAAGGUCGUGGGCAGGAUCAGGAUGUUCGUGGAAGGUCUAGGAAUAGAUCCAGAGUGGAUGCUACUACGUCUGCUGCACUUGUAUGCUUUCAGAAGAGUACGAACACGAAAAUACCAGCCCUGAAAACUACCUCUAGAACACCUUUGGAGGAUCAGCUGGGGAACGUCUAUGGUCGACGUUCGAGGACCAAGUUGAAGACGUUUGCGCUCGAUGACCUCGAUACUGCAGCUUCCGGGAAUAUUUUGACCGAUCAAAGAUUAAUCGUGAUCCCCUUAACGUUGAUUAAUGGCACAGGAUUGCGACGCGUGAAAAGAUCCUCGGCCGCUUUGUUCGCCGAGAGAUCGCGGAUGAAGCUGGACCUGGCUAGGAGGUUAGUGAAGCCAGAGUUGAACAUCGAGGAGAAUGAUCUCGACGCAACCACGGCCUCAUCUUUCAGCAAACCGAAGUCAACGAGUGGCAAGCCACCUGUCGACGGAAUCCUCAAGGUUGGCAAGUUCGCCAAGCCAGGUGCAGCAGAGCGCCGAGCCUCGAUCGAGCACUCUAGGGAAGACGAGAGAGCCUCGAAUCUCUCCAGACCGAGGAAAGGUCUCGAGGACUCGUUCAAGGUUACCAGACCGUCCGCCUCGAAGAAGGGGCGAGUGAUAUCCGAGAGAAUGGUCACCUCGAUCUCGGUCGAAGAGAGAGUAGAGGAGACCACGAAACCCUACGGGACGACCAGUCCCUCUGUUAUCACCGUAGCCUCGGAAGAAACGGCGGCCACCACCCUCGACACCGCGAGGGUCCGUCUAUCCGGUCUACGCGCUGCCAAGAAAUCCAAGGAAGAAUUCUACUCCCGCGAAAACACCGACUCAGUUACCACCGUCAAACCGAAGAAACCUUACGCCCACCAGCCACGAAACAGGAAGAAUCACGAGCAACUCAGGUCAUCGGAGCAAUUCAGAUCAUCCGAGGAAACCUCCGCGACGUCGACGAAACAGACGAGUAAACAGACAACGCAGAGAACGUCGCAGACGUCGCAAGAAGAGAAUGUUAUAAAGAAGUCCAAGUUUGGCAACGACGUUACCAAGCCCAGCUUCCGACCCCGUUACAGUAAGAAAACAAAAGAUAAUUCGAUAGAGGAUACGACGACGAAGUACCAGGCGGCUGGUACCACGAACUUACCGACGCCCACCAGCAGAUAUUCCAGGAAGAAGGCUGUGGUGAAGACUGUCGAUGGUCUCAAGGUCACCACGACAGAGGGACCAGCGACCCUGACGAAGAAGAUCGAGUUUCGACCCAGAACUGCGACUUACAGAAGACAUUCCGAGGUUCCCACGACCUCGGUCGAGACCACCACCAAGGUCGAUGGAGCUGGAGUCGCCAUCACUCCUCGUUCGCCGAGAUUCCAGGUCAACUCGAUAACCACCUCUCCAGCCCCUCGAUCGGUACCGCAGGAACCACAGAUGAACCUGCAGAUCGCGAACGAUACCACGCAACAGGCGCCAGGUAUUACCGGCAGCAGCAACGGCGACAGUGGUAACACCAACGUCUUCAAUCCCGCCAGAAGCGCGGUUCUAGCUGGGAAUUCAACGCUUCUGGAGCAACUGAGGAGCACCGUCGCACCGCUGCUGAGCUCGCUUGGUAACAAGACGCCCGUGUUCUCUGGAUCCUACAGCAAUGUUAACAACGCGAAUUCAGCCCCCAGAAUCACCCCAAGCGGAUCGCCACCGCGAUUUAGCGCAAGAUACAAGGGUGCGGAAUUGUUUAUCAGAAAGCAGAAUAAUGUUUACCAGGCUACCGUGCCAUCGAUCACUAGUUCGUCCACCACUCCAGUUACACCCGUAGAGAACUCCGGUGCCGUACCACCUAUCGACGUCUCGAGUCCUGGCGAACCACGAUUCUUGACUAUUUAUCAGGCGUUGGAGUCGGCUAACAUCAGGAACGAACGGUUACUGGGAAACGCAAGCUUGCUAGGAGAAGAACGAGUUGGCGUGGUCCCCCAGGUAGACUCUAACGCCACUGUCGCUAACGGAACCAGCAACAAUCCUAACAAUGACACCACAAGCCCAACCAUGAGCCCACAGACCCCAGACACAACCACUAUUCAGGAUAGCACAUUGAACCCGCAAUUAUCCGAGGAAACGGAAAACUCCACCUCCGUGGUUAACACAGGAGCCCCCGAAAACCCUUCGACGGAGAUUUCCGCCCCCGUGGUUACCACAGGAGCCCCCGAAAACCCUCCAGCGACCGAACAAGCUUCCACGAGUACAGAACAACCCUCCACUACCGAACAAGCAUCCAUGAGCACAGUAUCAUCCACCAGUACCGAACAGGUUCUCACAAGUACCGAAUCAUCAUCCUCCACUACCGAACAGGUCACCACCACUACGGUGUCAUCAUCCACUACCGAACAAACAUCCACAACCACCGGUUCGACGUCCACGCCCGAACAACAAGCCAGUACAGAAUCACUCCCGAGUAACACAGAUACGACAACAACCAGCACCGAGCCUCCCCUAGGCUUUCGGGUUUUCGAAAGGAUAGACAAUAGUCGCGCCGCGGAAACGACCACAGUUCCAAGUAAUCAGAAUCUAGAGAGUCUUUCGAUGGUCACCACCACUACGGUAUCAUCAUCCACUACCGAACAAGCAUCCACAACCACCGGUUCAACCUCCACGUCUGAACAACAAGCCAGUACAGAAUCAUUCCCAAGUAACACAGACACGACAACAACCAGCACCGAGCCUCCCCUAGGCUUUCGGGUUUUCGAAAGGAUAGACAAUAGUCGCGCCGCGGAAACGACCACAGUUCCAACUAAUCAGAAUCUAGAGAGUCUUUCGAUGGUAGUUACCACCGAUGUUCCAGCCGCGACGAGCACAACGCCCGGAACAAGUAGCUCGGAUCUUUAUGGUCGCGUACCGCAGACUACCGUUGCUACUUCGACUGCUAGCGACAGCGCAAGCACCGAUACGACCGAAAACCUAGAGAGCAAUACCAUACAACUGUCCGAGGAAACCUCGACUCAGGCAGUCGACGUUGGCUCAACCGCUGCCACCACAACAGAGUCCGAAUCGAAUAACGUAAUCGAUGGGGAGUCGACUACAGAGUCGGUCAUUGCUGUGACCACGCUACGAAGCAGGCUCAUAGACUUUGCUCAGGAUAUUCUGUCGCGACUGCAAGCGUCUCUGAACACUACCACGGUGUCCAGUCAAGACCCCACGACGACGAUUGCCCCGGAAACUGAAAUAUCGAACGUGAUAUCGGAUUCGAACAGGAAGAGCACCUUGGAGGUCCUAGCGCAGUUGAACUCGGAGACGACGACUGCUGGAGGAGAUUUAGAAGCAACGACCACCACGGUCACGACGAACCAACCUGGUUUGACGACAACCGAAGGGAUGACUACCCAAAGCGCAGUAGGUUCAGUUAGCACUACGUUACCUACGACUGCAACCGACCAAGAAGACACUACGCAGGAUGAAUUAAAUUCAGCCACUACCACCACAGCACCACCAACAACACAAGAUUCUCAAACAGUUUCGAACACUGAUUCAAACAUUCUAGACGAUUCGAACAACUCUUCGACUCUCGCAGUAAACAUCGAAGUGACCACCGCUUCGAUGGCCACCACUACCAAUGACACGUUACUAACAGAAUUAAUGUUUAUCGCCAAGUCGCUCCUAUCGGAGGGGAGAAACGCUACGGAAGUAACGGUAGAAAAUAACACUUCUAGUUUAACGAACGAUGUAUCAGCCACGACCCAAGCUGCAGAAUCAUCGUCGAGUCCCCCUGAUGUUACAACAGAACCGGUAGAGUCGACAUCAACUGUAGACAUGUCGGAAUUAACCACUACCCCUUUUGAGCCUUCCCAGAACGAGGUGGACUCCGUAGAUUCGACUACGACUGAUAGCACGUCAGACAUGCCCACUACGACCCCUCGAAGCAACGCACUUGACAACGAAGUGGACGUUGCGCAAACAAAUGAAACCACAUCGUUAGGACCCCUUGCUGAAAUCGUAGAGUCGACCACUCCCUCGGUUGCGACAGAAAUUGGCCCGCAAAUGACUCUCUCGAGCGUGGCCGCUAACGAAACGGGCCUCGACACAACGAUACAAUCUCAGACAACAGAAAACAUCGAACUAACCACUAACGCCAACAAUCUAGCGACAUCUAACCCGAUCACAACGACCGAGACUCGAACAACUUCCGAGCAAGCCACGGAAGUAGUCACCGAACCUACAGAAACCGCAUUACGAUCGACUAACCCCACAACUGUAACGUCGCAGCCUGCGAUAGACACUAGCACUAAUCAACCCGAGAUAACCGCAACCCUCACGAUUCCCGAAACUACCCCCUCCAGUGUAAAUAUGGUCGCUAGUACACCAUCGGUAACCUCCGAAUCGAACGUUGAACAAACCACGGUGGUGUCUGAUACGGAAUUAAUCGAGAACGUAACAAGUAACGUAGAUGUCGAGACUAACCAAAGACUAGAUAUGGCGACAGAGUUGGCGUCCGUGACCGGUGACACGAUUGGUGACGAUACCUCUGAAGCAACCACGUCAAUAGUCGCGACCACGGCCCCGCUGGAUGUUAAUUCAACAGAGGCAGAGGCUACCGCUAACCAAUCCCCUCUAACAACCACCACAUUGCCCGCAAUGGAAAUAACCACUAACAUGCCCGGUGAUACGACAACCAUCCCCCAAACCACCCCGAACCCUGUGAACGAAACUCCAACUGUUGUUGCCCCUUUCCAGGAUACAACAUCGACAACCGCCCAAGGGACGGCAGGUUCGGGAAUCGGCCAAACGACCGAGAUCACUACCCCAUCCACCACUCCAUCCACCGCACCCCCCACUUUUUCUACUCCCGAUUCUUCUUCUCUCAUGACAACCACUUCAUCAUCGGUCGAGACAACGACAGGAACGACAGCGACGACCACGACAGUGACCACGUCGAGCACUGGACAGCUUCCCGACGGGAGGACAACGGACGUCGUCACCGUGACACCCGUGUUCGAAACAACAGCUCCGAGCACCGCCGUCGACAUAAACGAGAAUCUCGUGUCGACCGAGGCAACCACUCCAGGAACGACCGUUUCGCCUGGGGGAAGUGCCAGUAAUCAAUCCACCAGCAACGCGCCCGCAGGUGGAACGACGACUAUGCCAACAUCCGGGAUGACGAUGCCACCUAGACCUCAGAUCGGUCAGAUCGCUCAAGCUCCCACGACCCCAUACUUGGGUCGAUUCGGGGGCAGCAGACUGACGCCAGCUCCGCGAUUCAGCCCGAGCUCCACCACCAGAGCUCCUCUCCGCGAUUACUUGAUCUACGGAAUUUAUCCUAACAAAACGAUCGUUAGGAAACGGCCAGAGGACAACCUGAUCGACGCCAGGAACGUGGACAGCCCGUACGUGAUAUUCGGUAUCUUCCCGGAUGGCAGACUGGUCCGGAAGUUCCCGAACGGGACGAUAAUACCGGAUCCGCCUAGGAACCCGGUCGAGGUUGUGUUCUCACUUAGCACUACCACUACCACUAACAGGCCACCACCCAGACCGUAUUAUAACCAGGUUAACCAAGGCACUUACAAUCAGUAUCAAGGCCCCGGAACCGUUGAUCUUGGCCUUUCUGGUAACGCGAUCGUCGGCCCCAAUGGAGGUGGACCCGGUUUCACGGGACCACUUGGUACCCCUGCUAGCGCCCCGAGCACCGACGAAAUGAGCAAUACCCGAUUUAAUACGCAAAUGGGGACACCGUCGAGUGCAAUGUCUGGGAUCGGUGGUCCGGUGACGCCGAUAGUAAGUACCGGUCGACCGCCGACCGAUUCGCAGGGCGGUCGUAUCGUCCAAGAUCGAGAGAGAGACGAGGCCACCAGGACGAAAGAGGCCGGAGGUCAACGCAGCUCCGUGUACAUCGGACAGGACAAGUUCGUCAACUAUUGGACCGAUGGGGCGCCAGCCACUAACCCCCGCGUUGUCAGUGUAAAUAUUAAUUCAGUAGCUUCUGGUGCCAAUGAGGGAGCAUCAACGUCUGUGCCGUCAUUCGAAAAUCUCUUGAACAAUCAGCCAACAGGUCAAGUGACAGCACCGCCUGGAUUCCCAUGGAGGGAUCCUUUGGAUCAAAUUUUUGGAAUUACCACUGCCUCUCCAGUGAUAACAGCUUCGGUCGCUUCAAAUACUUUGGACGAUUCGGCAGAUGCAAAUGGUCAAUUCCCCCCACAGCCAAUCAAUCCCUUCGUUGAGGUGUUUACCCCGUUUUCUAGUAUGAUUGGCAACAUUCUGUCCUCAACUCAGGCAUCAGCUAAUUUAGCUGCAGCAACAACUAUGCCACCUACAAGAACCACACCCACAACUACUACAAUGGCACCGACUACAACAACAAUGGCGCCAACAACUACAACAACAACAACUACAACUACAACUACCACCACGCCGCGACCUGCAACAGCUGCUCCAGCUAGUCCUUCACCUGCAACAAGUCCGUCUAGUCAAUCGAACGAUGCGUUGACGAAUGCGCAACAGCAAAACACGUUUGGAACCACAUUCAACGACCUGGCCUUCUUGAAUUCAUUGUUACAGGGUGCCUCCAGAAGUAGCACGCCGAAGACACUCACAGAAGUCGAACAGUUGUUGGCGAACAAGAUCCUGUCGUUGGCGUUGAACAAACCAGGACCAACUCGAUCGCAAAAAGCAAUAAACCUCGACAGCGCGUCGCCAAACACGAUCCUUCAGUCCACGCCACGGACACCUAACGAGCCAAUAGUAAUCGACUUGUCCCCAUCGUCGACUUCUGCUGGACCCUCGUGGGAACAGACAACGGCUCAAACCACUGAAAAUCCAGCGAAGAAUAGCGUGGCACCCGUGCAGGUGACCUGGACACCAAGUUCAACCACCACCACGAAGAGAACUGUGGAAUCGAGCACAGCCGCUUCGACCACAUCCAGAUCGACACUGAUAAGCACCACCAAGGCUCCCGUAGUUAGCACAAUCAAAACAGUAACUACUCCGCGACCUAGGACCACUACCCAAGCGCCAUUAGGUUUUGGCGCCAGCCUCUGGCAGGCUCUCUUCGGCGGUGGUCUCUUCGCGCAACCAACCACUCCAAAGCCUGUCAAACAGAAACAGGCAAAGGUCGCAACAAAAUCUGUUAAUAUUACGCCAAAGCCUGUUCAAACGACGCAGAAGCCAGAGACUACUAAAGCAGUUCCUACGACUACGACGUUCAGGUCCGUGGAUAUUUCGAAGAUCGAGGUGAACACCCCCAAUUCUGUUGCGAGGAAUACUAUAUCGGCGACUACUCCCAGCUCGAUAUCAACGACUAAGCUUCAGUUGCUGAACAAUCCCAAUCCGAGGUUGCCCAAUGUUGCCAUGUCGACGAUCUCGCCCGAAGAUGACACUAAGUUCCUGCUUGCACUGUUGCGUGCCGCUCAACAGGAAAAUAAAGCUAGUGUUCCGAAAACGUCAUCAGGCUUAUCUCAGGACGAUGAAUCUUUCUUGAGAGCGAUACUAAGCGGGCGAGCUCUCACGACGACAACUCCCGCGCCGUCAAAUGAAAUCAAUAAUGCUGUCUUGUUGGCGGCACUGUUAAAGGCUCAAGGGAUAGAGCCGCAGACUCCUGCGACCAAUAUUAGAGAGCAACUACUGUUAGCCAGCCUCGGGCAGAGCGUCACCUCUGCUCCGACCGCAUCCCCGUAUACCGAGUCUACGACAAUUACGACAAGGCCGCCAUCGACUGCAACUCGACCUACGGAUACCACGAAAAAGACGGUGACACCGAGACCAACCUCAGGACCAAGGAUACGCACUACAACGUGGUCGCCGAGCUCGACAUAUCCACCUCCCCUCUUCAGUUCCUUCUCCAAUUACGGUUCACCGGUACAGUCGCUCGGUGGCGAGAAUUCUGGAACCGGCGCGUUAUUUGGUGCUACCAGAGCGUUCAGUCAGUUUCUUGGCGCUGCCCUAAGCGGAGCAGCGCAGCAGUUGCAGUCCUUAGUCAGAAAUGGCACUAGAAUCAUGUCCGGAGCGGCGGGCUAAAGUAAAUAAACGAAUAAACAAAGCAAACGGCAGGGAGUGACAAUUAAUAUAUAAUCCCUAGCAUAAGAGAUUAAUUCGCAAACGUGGUAAUUUAGUACGGUACGAGUGCACGCAAGAAGACACUAUUGCUUUGGAGGAUCUGGUGGCAGCGAUACCUGAAAUAAGCAUUCGUAUAAAUUUCGUCGAAUCGAGGAUUUUCUUAAAAAAAUCUUACCGAGGGAUUAAGUGUUUGUUCGAUGUCGGUGGAUAAACCUCUCAAACUUCGUUCUUUUUUAUGUAUAGAUGGUAGUGUUACGUGUAAUAGUUGGUACUGUAACUUGUUGGGUGAUUAUUGAUUACGUACUUUAUUUUAAUCAGUGUAGAUAGUAGCGAGCAUGACAUUUUAAGCGCGAUACGAUACAUUAUUAAUUCUUAAAACACGGAGGUCUUGAAUAAUUCUUUCGUCGAACAGUAUACAAAUUUUCAAUCGUAUUAUCUUGUAUAUUUGAUACAAAAUAUAUUCGACCAAAAAAUGAAGAAAUAGCUUAUACAGUUUGCAUAAAUAUAAACUCGGCGAGAUUGCAAAAGGUAAUGUGAUCGUAAGUAAUAAUAAUUUUAAUAAAAAAGCAAACGUACACAUACAAUCAGUCCCAUAAGCCUGAAUUAAAUGAUAGGUUUCAUGUUAUUAAAUGAAUUAUUCAUUAUAAAUAUACAAAUGUAUGAAAUUUAUUCAUGCAAAUAUUUACAAUGAAACAUUUAUUUAGAAUACCAAACUUACCACUUAAUGUAGACUUUCUUCAAUAGAAGGGUACGAAUAUUUAUAGGACUGACUGUAUGUGUCAAGAGGUUCAAACAGAAACAUGUACAGUCGUAUCAAGCAUAGCGAAUACAAAAAUUAAAUUCUGAAAACCAUCAAAAAUAUUAAAUACGUAUUAAAUAUAUCCUCGAUAAUAUUAAAUAUGUAUAUUCUUGUGCUGGACUUGACUAUACGCAAUUUCGUUUCCGUUUCAUCGCUGGAACGCUCGAGUAUUAAAUUUCCGUUAGGAUUUAACAAACGGUGCUUCCACUCCGUGUUUUAAGCGUUAAGGAAGAAGCACUCGGUGGCGAGGACACCGGUGACGAAAUUCUUCAAGGCUUCCAGUCACGAGUUUCGAUAGAAGCAAACAGGAACGACGCUUUGCAAACGUUUCUGGGGUAGCGCAAAGACGAUUCGGGCGCCUCGUACCCUUCUGAGACAUUUGUAACGUUCGUCGCAAUUAAGAUAAUUAAUUGGGGAUGGGGGAGGCGACGUGGCACGUCGCGAUUCGCGAGACAGUGACGAUUCGCGGCGUCCUGCGCGAAACGCGGAUCGACGAGGGGGCCCACCCACAAAGAUCGAUUCAACGACGACCGCGUCGGCGAUGCUGCUAACAAGGGAACGUCCAGACCUGCCCCCCCUUGAAUUGCGUUCGACUUUGCAUACGGGGGUACUUUUGGGUGGAGACGCCAACUUCGACAAUAUUACACCCCAGGUUUGCGUGUGUGGCUUUAAAGAGGGCGUCGCUGGUGAUUUAAUAUUAUAUUAUUAACUUUAAAGGAUUUCCAAAGAGAUGUUUUGGUAUGUACACGCAUGAAGUGGUUUUAAGGCAAUAUCUCUGCUUAUUCUCUCUACCAAGUACCUUUGAAUUAAUGUCUUCACUUUUCCUCUGUAUAAAGUACUUCUGAAUUAAUAUCUCCACUUUUUCCCUAUAUGAAGUAUUUCUUAAGUAAUGCAUAGUUUGAUAUUUUUCUUGCACAAAAUAAAAUUCGUGUUUUAACACUUUUGUAGUAAUAUUUAAAUGUUUUUCUCGCAUAAACUAUACGUAUAGUAAUACUUCAUCAUUUUUCUUGCAUGAAGCGUUUCUAAAGUAAUGUCUCGUCAUUUUCCUUAGAUACGGUAUCUGUAAACACCUUUUUAAAUAUUUCUCUAGCAAUAUUUAAACAGUCUUCUUGCAUAAAAUAAUUCUGUAGCAAUAAUUUAAUACGUGUUUCGCAUAAAAUGUUUUUAUAGUCACAUGAUACCAUUGUUCCUGCAUGAGGUGUUUCUAAGGUAACAUUUUGAUAUUUUUCCUGCGUAAAAUGUUUGUAAGGUAAUAUUUUAUCACUUUCCAUGUUUAAAAUAUUUCUAUUAUAAUAUUUAAACAGUCGUCCUGCAUAAAGUGUUCAUAUCUGGACAUUUUCUCAAUUCAAAAUAUUUCUACAGUAUAAUUUUAAUAUUUUUCUUGCACGAAGAAUAAUUAAAGUGACAUUUUAACAUUUUUCCCAUAUAAAAUAUUUCUGUAGCAAUAUUUAAUAACUCCCCCCAAAGUGUUUCUCUAACAAUAUUUGAACAAUUUUCUUGUAUACGGAACUCGAGUAAAUCCUUUAUAACAUGUAAUGUAAAAUUUCAUCGAACCAACGCGAACAUUUAAAAAAUUGUCCUCCUGCUAAAAAUAGCAGAAAAAAUGUAUAAUUAAAAAUUUCUAGAUUUAACGUCUCCAUCUAAAAAUACCCAUGCAAAAUUCGACCCUGACUCCGAGUUGGGCAAGUGGCGACGUUCCCCCUUGCGAAGGUGGAUAAUUUAAAGUAUCUCUGAAUGAGAGCGAGAGUGAGUGUGGAUGCGUGCGAGCGAGAAAGAGAGGGAGAAAAAGAGAAACAAGGGUAGUCGACAGCGAAGCGUCAACGGAGCAUUGUGUACAGUUUCGCGCGCACCUUUGCUGUACGGUGCGUCGCGUACCUUUUUUUUUUCCUUUUUAUAUAAUAAAGCUGGAAGCGUGUACAGUA